GUCGGAGACGUCUUUGGAGAACAUUUAAUUGACACAAGAUCAAACACGUCAAGGAAAUGGUUGUGUUCUGUGCCUGAAGUGGUUUUGUAAAGUUGUGUUUAAAAAUAUGGAAUUGAAUUCGAAUUAUGGCAAUCACACAACCGCGGAAAGUCCUGACCCAUCCACAAAGCACCCACCUCAUAUAGCAACAGACAGCAAGCCCAAAUAUGUGUUGCAUUCAGAAAAGGAUACAUACGACUUUACUGCACAAAGAUGUAUUGAAAAACCCACAAAUGCACUGGAAUCUGUGGGACACUUAAUAAAAGGAUGCUUGGGAGGAGGUAUUUUAGGUAUUCACGAGGCUUAUAUGAAAUGUGGCCUGUGGACUUCCUUAAUAGUAACAAUUAUCUUCGGAUUCUACAUCGGUUAUUGUGUACAUUUAUUAGUUAGUUCAGCGCAGACGUUAUACCAAAGGCUACAUCUUCCACACAUGUCGUAUCCCGACGUCGCGGAAGCAGCACUAGAAGUAGGACCCUUCCCUAGGCUAAAGAAAUAUAGUAAAUGGUUCAGAUAUACGGUAGACUUAGUAAUAUGCUUGGACCUCUUUGGAGCUUGCUGCGUCUACCAGAUCAUUAUAGCAAAGACCAUACAGCAAGUUGUGCACACUGACGCGGAAUUAGAAGACCUAUCCUAUUUAAGACUUUAUGUCUUAAGUCUUUUGGUGCCAAUUCUCUUGCUUUGUAUGAUCAGAACAUUGAAAUAUUUGGCACCGUUCACUUUAAUCGCUGAUGUGUUUAUUGUAACUUGUGUUGUGGCAACAAUAGUCUACAGCCAACAGACUGCCCCAAAGAUCUCAGAGGUGCCAGCGUGGAAGGAUGUCAUUGGAUUUUUCGAGUUCUGUGGUAUUGUAACGUUUAGUAUGGAAGGCGUCGGCGUUUCCUUGCCUAUUGAAAACAAUAUGAAGAAUCCAAAACAAUUUCCUAUGGUUUUGUUUGCUGGUAUGACCGUGGUAGUCUCAUUCUUGAUUCUUGUUGGAUUUUUCGGCUACUGGGGCUUCGGGGAGAAGUCAAUAUCACCAGUUACCUUAAAUUUUCCGUCAGAAAUUUUCCCAACAAUACUAAAAGUAUUAAUGGCGAUUAUGAUAUUUGUGACCUUCGCCCUCAAUUUUUGGGCGCCAUUCAACUUGGUCUGGCAUUACGUGUCGAAGAAACACAACCCGAAAAGAUAUUGGAUUUGGGAGAGAAUAUACAGGGCUACGUUUAUUGUGAUAAUCACUGCUUUAGCUAUUGCAUUCCCGAAUAUAGGAAACCUCAUGGGAUUGCUCGGAGCAUUCUGUCUAUCGAACAUAGGAUUUAUAUUCCCAGCCAUCAUAGAAUUGUUAGUUGUUUGGGAGACACCUGGAUUGGGCAGAUACAAAUGGCGUCUAUGGAAAAACGUCUUUGUUAUAAUAAUUGGAAUUUUUCUAUUCGUAGCUGGUACUUAUUCUAAUGCAAAAGGAUUAAUAUUAAAUUUGUAAAUAAUAAUUAUGAUUAUAUUUAAGUACUGAUUUAUUAUGUCUUUGACCUUGGAUUGCCUGCUCCUA